AUGGAGCCAACAGAGGAUGUCUCGCCGACCUCAGGCGCCCAGGUUUCGCAGGCUAAGCCCGAGAAACGCAAAAAGGCGCGAUCCAGAACAUCCACGCAUGGCUCCCCCGAGCCCCGUGGCCCGAAGCGGCGAGUCCCGGACGAGCGAGACGACUUCGACAUGCGUCGGCCGAAUAGUAGCCGAAGCCUUCGCGCGGGACGCCGAACGCCUGAGAAAGGACGGGCUCAAGGAGUCAGAGUUCACACCGCCCGCUUACCGUCCAAUCGCAAGAUCAAGGGCCUUCGCCCGGCGACAUCCGAGGACGGGUUGUCACCAACGGGAGCACCCCAUCGCGGUCCAUCCGGUGCUUCCAUCAACGACCCGGCCGCCGCAGCGGGCAGCCUACCUUUGUCGCCGAUGCCACACGAAGGGUUGGACGGUGCGCAGAGCCCAAUGUCGCUCCCAUCGAACCCCUGCAGCUCCAUGUCGCAAGUGUGGAGCCUAGCUGGUUCACCUGUGGCGAUCCUGAAGGCUUCCUGGAAUGUGUCGGUGCCAUUAUCGAGCGCCUGCACGACGCAUGCCUGCCUCGCCUACUCGAGGCGGCUCCUCUCGUCCAUCAACGAAUCGGCGAACCCGUGCAAGAGCUUCACGCGCUUCGUGUGCGACGGCUGGCGGAAGGAGCACAGUGGCACCGUGUGGGAGGAACAGUUCCAUCACGUGCUCGACAAGCUUACCGACUCGCUGAAGGACAUCAGGGUGCCGCAGUCGGGACAGAACGAGGAGCAACGGGCCGCGGCGGUGUACCGCAGCUGCGUGUCGCUGCUCGAAGGCGUCAGGGACGAGCUGCCGGCCGUCCAGAAGGCGCUCGAUGACGCCGGCAUCGUGUGGCCACAUCCGUCUGCGGACGCUGACGUCCUCUACACGCUCAUGUACUGCUCCCUCAAACUGGGCUGGGACGUGCUGCUCGAUUUCGACAUCGUGGCGAACAGCAGCGGCAGCAGCAGCAGUAUGGUUGAGCUGAUCGUAGGCCCAGGCAAGCUAUUUGCAUUCCUCUCCGAGAAACACACGCGCCUGUACGAGAACGAUGAAGGCGAGGCGAACUUCGAGUUUCUAAAGGAGCGCUUUCUGCGCAACAAUACGGUCACCUUAACGUACAGCCAGAUGCAAGACUUGGAGGACAAUGCGCUGAAAAACCUAUUGUACGUCUGGGCGAUGCCCACAGGCAGCGUCGAAAGCUUUCCGGAUGCGUCGGACCUAGGCCUGACCAAAGCUAAUUGGACGGCAACACUCCAGAAGAUUAACAUAAGUCUGGCCGAAGGUCCCUUGCUGACGACAACGAAUGCCGCUUAUGUGAACGCAUUCCUGAAUCUCUGGAGGGUAAAAGGCUCCGACUCAAUCCACGCGCUAGUCUCUUGGUCCACGGUUCAAGUGGCGGGUCUUUUCGCAAACAGGGAGCUCAUUUACAAUUAUUACGAUAAUAACUAUAAAGUGGCUCAGGUGCACUAUGGCAUCUUCUGUGCCACCAGAGCGAUGUUCUUCUCCAGGCAGGCGCUGUUUGCGAGAUACAACGCCGAUGUUUUCCACGGCAAGGCAGGGGCCGUCGCGAGAGAACUGGCGCGAUCGGUGCGGCUUGCCUUCGGUCGCCGUCUUUCCAACUGGACCUACUUCAAAGAGAACGUAACCUUGGUAGCUGACUGGAGCUCUCUGACGACAGCGUUCCACAACUUCGAGAAGCACAGCGAAGUGAACGAAACCUUUGUCCGAGGCCAGCUACCGGACAUGACGGAUUCGUUCGUGAGCAACUGGCAGCAUUCGACAAUAGUCAGAAACACGCCUGAAGUGGAACAGAUGCUGCUUGCCAUGGAUGACCUAAGUUAUUACGUCCUAUCCUACGGGAAGAGGGACUUCCAGCUGAUGCCGUACGCCCUAUCUUUUCCUCUGUUUGAUUCAACGCUGCCAUCGUCUGUAAACUACGGCGGCUUCGGAUUCGAGGUCACCGUAGCGCUGGGAGACUUGUUUUUAAGCUUCUCCGACGCCAACCAAAUUCUGUCCCUGAUGGACUGCCUGCUAGCCAGCCAGUUUGGGGACGUUGUUGACCUUGGAUUUUAUGCAGCGCAGACUAUUGGUCUCAACGCUCUCGUGGAUGCCUACGACAGCAGCGGCCGUGCCUCGGACAACGCUGUACAUGGGCUGGAGAAGUAUCGCGGACUGCCGCUGGUGUUCAUCGCUAUGUGUUACAUUAAGUGCGAUGGCAGCCUCACUGUGGGAGACGGCGAGGCUGCGUGCAAUCUGCCGCUGCAGCAGUUGCCGCAGUUCGCUGAAGCCUUCGCCUGCGCUCCUGGAGAGCCUAUGAGCCCUGCGAACCGAUGUGAGCUGCUUUGA